GGUACUGUUUACUGCUUGACAAAGAAAAUGAAGAAACACCAUGUCAUCUGUUUUGGUGGUUGGAUUGGCUAGUUUUAGCGUCUGUUUUAGCAUUUGUUCUCUAUUUCUCCCUAGGUAGCAGGUAUCAAAGGCAUGCUGAUCGCUAACAGGAGGCUAGACAACCAGGUGAAGACCUACAUCACCUACAACAAGGGCCAUGAUUGGAGGUUACUGCAGGCCCCGGCGACAGACCUGGCUGGCAACGACAUCCACUGUGUACUGGGAAUACUGGGUCUGAGCGGUCGUACAAUAACGUUGGAAUGUUCAUCUCAUCUGAUGCUGGUAACAACUGGAAACAGGAUCAGUUUUGAUGAGGGGCGGCAGUGGACCAGACAUAGCUUCUCCUUGGUGCCUCUGUUCGUGGACGGGAUGCUGGUGGAGGCCGGGACAGAGAACCAGAUCAUGACGUUUUUUGGACACUUCAGCCAUAGGUCAGAGUGGCAGCUUAUCAAGAUAGACUACAAGUCCAUCUUCAACAGGAAAUGUACAGAAGGAGACUAUCAGACAUGGCACCUUCACAACAAGUGAUUAUGGCUUUGAACGGCGUAGAGAAGAGAACUGUCUACCAGCGUUCUGGUUCAACCCAUCUGUUGUAUCAAGGAGCUGCA